AUGAUUCGAUGGUCGGAACCUGUAUACCACGCCUACCAAUUAGUCCACUCACAUGGUAUACCCGAUGAAAACAUAAUAGUGAUGCACUACGACGACCUUGCUCAAAAUGAGGACAACCCCACCAAAGGUAUUGUCGUGAAUGAGCCAAACGGUACGAAUGUCUACAAUAAGGUCCCGAAAGACUAUAUCGGAGUUGAAGUCAAUCCAUUGACAUUUUUGGCUGUCCUAAGAGCUGAUCCCGUGUUAGUACACAUGCAUAAGAAAGUGCUCAAUAGUGGUCCUAACGAUCACGUAUUCAUUUACUUUGUUGACCAUGGUGCACCGGGUCUAAUACAAUUCCCACAUUAUUCGGAUGCCAUACACGCCGAGGACCUAAAUAAGGCGCUCAUAGAUAUGCAUCAAAAUAAAAGAUUUGCAAAAUUAGUGUUUUAUUUGGAGACAUGCUAUUCAGGUUCAAUGUUUGACAAUUUGCUACCAAACGAUAUGAACGUAUACGCGGUAACUUCAUCCGGACCACAGGAAUUGAGCUACGGGUGCUGCUUUGAUAAGCUCCGGGAUGCCUACGUGGCCGGAUACUUUAGUACAAACUGGUUCGCUGACUGGCAAAAGCAUGAUGUCCUUACAGAGACACUGGAUGCUCAAUAUGAUUACAUUAAGAGCAAGGUCGAUUUAUUCGACCCCAGAUUUAAUGAGACGUAUCACCAACACGCCCAACACUAUGGAGAUUUAUCUAUUGGCAAAUUGCCACUUGCACAAUUUUUAGGGUCUAAAAAUUUGGAUAUGCCCGAGGUUAAUACAAAAUUGAAUGAUGAAAGUGAGCCAUGCACUUUCGUGAGCACCCAGGACAUGCCCGUCCGUAUGUUACAAAUGAAAAUUGAAUCGACAGAUGAUAUUAGCAUCAGGGAUAAAUAUACUGAACAAUUGGAUGAAUUAUUAAAUGGUCGACAAUAUGUUGAUAAAGUAUUUGAUGAAUACGUGAAUAGUAUUCAACACAUAAUACCAAACAUUGAAAGCAAUGCUAUACUCAAUACGAAACAAGAGCUCAAUAAUAGACACUGUUAUCGACAACUGGUCGACACGUUUCAUCAAAAGUGUCUACAUUUGGGACUGAGGGGCACUUGUCCCGACAAAAUGAUGGCCGUCAGAGCAAAUUUGAUGUUCAUAAUGGCAACAGUCAAGGCGGGUGAUAAACGAACAAGCACACUCCACUUUGAGAGGGGCACCUUAUUGGUUCAGCCGGAAAGUAUACUACACUCCCGAUUAUCACUACCAAGCUUGAUCCAUCAAUCUAAUCUGUUUACCAACAGAUAA